AUGGCGAACAACGAGUGGGAGAUCCACAAAGAUGAGAUCGAGCUUCUGUACAUCCAGCAGAACAAAAAGCUAUCCGAACUCACUGAGCAUAUGUCCAGCAAAGGGUUUAGCAAGACUAAAGGGCAGUAUGAACGCCAGUUCGCGAAGUGGGGAUUUCGCAAGAACAGUACACUGGGGCGCAAGAUCGAUGGGGAAUGGGUGGGCUGGCGAGUUGACAAGAGGAAACGACUUGAAGGGAAGGACAGCGAGCUGGUUGUUGACGAUGGUGCCGUUUGGCCUGCCCCAAAGCUUCGGAAGAUGCUGCAAGGGAAGGUGUUUGUCUCGACGUAUAACAGGCUCUCAAGGGCAGGAGAGCCUUCUCCGCCAACGCCGGAGGGCCUUCAAGUUCGCACUCCCCGAUCCCCCUCGUCGCAGCGUUUAUUUGACCCAUUUCCCGCAUCCACGCGUUUUCUCUGGAGUCAAUCGCUGCCAUGGCUACGAUUCUGUACUCUGAUGCAGCCUGAACUUGAGCAAGAGUCGGCUCUGCUGGCGCCCACUGGCCAGCCGUCAUGGGCUCUCGGGAUCGGCUUACAGUCGAACGCUGUGAAGGCAAAAGUAAUGCAACUCUUGGGAUGGAUCGUGCCUUGGAAAAACCUCCCCCAUCCACUCGAUACCGACAUCGACUCUCGGAUCAGCGCGACCUUAAGCGUUCUCAUGCCGGAACAGUUUGACGAGCAACAUCAACAAUUGAGUAUGAACCCAAUAUACCUCGAGUUGUACAUCCUUUCCAACAACCUGCAAUUGCACGACACUACCAGGCGAUCCGAGGCCACUAUACGCUCUCGAGAUGAACGAGUGAUCGAGAUGUUCAGGAGCCUUGGGCGGCAUAAAAUGAAGCAGUUCACGAACCUUCUGCCAAGGAAAGAGCCCACUAUUGAGGCGAUAGCAGAGAAGCUAUUUGCAAGCGCGGUCCGCUUGUCCGAUGUUCCUAUAGUCAAGAUGCUACUUGAGGCUCGCAUGGAUCCGGAUCGCCUCAUUGAGAUUUAUAACAGUCGAGUCAGGCCUCUCGCCUGGGCCGCGCAUAUUGAAGGCGAUAAAAGCCUCAAGGUAAUGGAGGCGCUCCUGUCGCAUGGUGCCAGCGUCAACAAGAUCUAUCAACGAGAGCCUACCAUCUCUGCCGCGAUCCGGGGCAAUAAUGCGAACGGGAUUCGCUUGCUGCUGGAUCAUGGCUCUAUCGUUCCCUUGCAUUGCCUCGCCGAAGCUGCGAGGAAAGUCAACCUGGAGGUUUUUAAAGAGCUUCUGGGUUCAUGUGCGAAUCUUCUUGGUCUCUAUAAAGAGUCGCAAGGUACAGUAAAUUACCGGCAUCACCGAUAUUUUGAGACUAAGAUCAGUUUUAAAGGUUAUACCACGAUCCUAGGCGGUGCAGCAAAGUCUGGUAGGCUGGAGAUCAUUAACCUCAUACUAACGACUUGCCCGACCAUCAUCCACCCCCAAAGCGUGGGAACGUUGGAAGGAUACCUUUCGCCUCUUACGCUGGCUAUCGAAAUGAAGCAGACCCACUGCAUUGAGCCACUAAUCCUAGCAGGAGUGGACAUGGAAGUGGCCGAUGAUCAGGUUACGCUAUUGGAGUACGCUCUGAUGGUGCACAACUUGGAAGCAACCCAGAUCCUGCUGAAGCAUGGUGCUAGGAUCAACCGGCCGCUCGCAAAGUGCAAGUUUCGGUCGUCAGCUCUUCACUGGGCCAUAUUAUAUGACCACGACGAAGCUAUCGAGGAGCUAGGCCAAGCGCCAGUCAUUGACCAUGCUCAGUUGAUAGCCCAGUUUAUCGCAUUGGGUGCACGGCUUAAUGACGAGUACGAGUCCACACCUGGGGCUGUACUUGGGGCAGCGAUACAGAUGGGCGAUCUUAGAAUUAUCCGCAUGUUGCUCGAUGCUGGGGCAACCGUUCUUGGUUCGAAACUCGAGAUUAUUGGAUCGAAAGAAGCUGCAGAGUAUCUCAACUACCGAGGUGUUCUGCAAAAAGUUCUACAGACGGGCGGCACGAAAAUCCUGUCGAGUGCAAUGUUCAGGAGAGACCUCGAUUUGGCCCGGUGGCUUCUUCAGCCUGAGCUUCUUGAUGCCGCAACAGAGAGCAACGAAAUAGACUACCCCGAUUUGAUGAAUGCAGCCGCCGCAUCAGGGGAUGCUUUUCUUAUCGAGAGCAUUCUCAAUUUUGGGCCAAGAGUGACCGAUGCCUGGCUUACCCAAGCUCUAUACUACAUUGAGAACGAGAAAUGCCCGACCCUCGGACUACGGCGCCUCCUUGAAGACUUUCACGGAAACGCUCCAACUGCAGUCGCGUUCACUGGUUUUAUCGACAGAACAGACCUGCUGCAGCUCAUGCUUGCGGCAGGUGUGAGCCCUCUCGGUGUACCAACAAUGCCCGAGUAUGGUUGGAGGCGACGUGAUCCGGACUAUCCAGACAACCCAAGGAUAGGGAUUCGCGUUGGAAUUUACAUGCCGCAAUCAGCCCUUGAGCUGGUUGUGGAAGGAGACAGCAAAUCGUGUCUGAAGAUUCUUAUCGAGUCUUACACCUGGAGCCCAGCCUUGAUUGGUCGCGCUCUGGCAUUGGCAAUCUAUCUUGGUAGAAAGGGGCUGAUAGAAGACCUGUAUCGACUCGACCUGGACGCAAAUGCAGAAGGGUCAGUCUGCACCAGCACACUACCAUUGUAUACUGAAGAAGAGAUUAGUGAGGAAGAGAUGGGAACUUUCACCUCCCUCCAGGCAGCAGCAUCAAAACAGGACAUCUCUCUCGUGCAAAGGCUGAUCAAUGACAAACAAGCGGACGUCAACUAUCCGGCAACGGGAGCCCGCAGUCGAACUGCGUUACAGUACGCCGUUGAAAGAGGAAACAAAGAAUUGGUGAGAUUACUCCUUGACAACGAUGCCAACGUAAAUGCUCCUCCCGCACACUAUGCAGGCGCAACGGCUCUGCAACUUGCUGCGAUCAAAGGGUACCUGAGCCUAGCUCAAUAUCUAAUAAGGAUCGGAGCGAAGGUAAACGCCCCAGGCGCAGAAAGAAAAGGUAGGACAGCGCUAGAAGGUGCGGCACAGAACGGACGUAUUGAUAUGGUUCAAUUGCUCCUUGAGGCAGGCACGUCCAUACGCGAUGACGGUGGGGGACUGCAGUGUCGAAGGGCCAUUGCGUUGGCCAACGACCAUGGUCACAAUGCCGUGGCAAACUUGAUCAAGCUGCACCACCCAGACUGGGACGAGCGGUCUGACUGGGAAGUCUCUGACGGUUCGGAUGCUGUGACAGCUGGUGAUAAAGACGUCAGAAUCACCGAGGUUCGGGAGUGUCCUCGAAGCCUUCAGGAGACCAGUGACGCGACUAGAUCUGAUGAAUGGGAGAGAUUUAUUGACUGGAGCCCUCUGAAUAUUUGUUGA